AACCACACCCACCUCUCUUUCUCUGUUCUGCACUUAAUACAAAUGAUGGCAGCUCUGAAUUUUCCCUUCUUGGCUAUUGUGUCACUCUUUCUCGUCAUUCCCAUUUGCUUAAACCACCUAGCCCUUGGCUUUCAAACUCCCCUGGCAACUGCCUUACCCCCUCAAAAUGAAACUGACAAGCUAGCAUUGUUAGCCUUCAAGGAUAAAAUACUUGAAGAUCCAUUUGGAGUCAUGAGUUCUUGGAACGAGUCUCUCCAUUUCUGCAAUUGGAGGGGGGUUUCAUGCAGCCAUCGACACAAGGGUAGAGUUACCAACUUGAAUUUGACUGGCCAAAAGUUGGUUGGUUUGAUAUCACCCCACAUUGGAAACCUAUCAUUCAUAAGGCAAAUCAACCUCGGUCACAACUACUUCAAAGGGGAGAUUCCUCAAGAGAUUGGUCAGUUGUUUCGGUUGAGAUUUCUCAGUCUCAGUUUUAAUGUCCUUCAAGGCAAAAUUCCAAGCAAUUUGGCAUUUUGCUCAAGAUUACAAGAUGUCUAUUUCAGCGAGAAUAGCCUUAUUGGCGAAAUUCCUACUGAACUUCGUAAUCUUUCAAAAAGUGUACGCAGGAUCUGCUUCUUUGGAAAUCAUUUAAUUGGAAGUAUCCCACAAUGGCUUGGGAAUGCGUCUUCACUUGAAAUAUUGGCUUUGAAAAGCAAUAAUAUACAUGGAAGCAUCCCAGUGGAGCUUGUUAGACCUCCAAAGUUGGAUAUUCUGUUGCUAUCUACAAAUAACUUAUCGGGCAGGGUACCUGUUUCUUUUUUCAAUAGUUCAUCACUCACUGUGCUUUCCUUGGCAGUAAACCAAUUGCAAGAGUUACCAACUUCAUUACAAAAUGCAUCUCUGCUAAGAACCUUCGCUGUCACAGCUAACAAUUUGGGUGGAGUCAUACCUUCCAACCUUGGAGGCUUAAGAAAUCUUACAUCUUUUGGAGUGUCUGGGAACUGGUUGGAAAGUAAGGAUGAAGGUUUAGGGAUCUUAACAUCUUUAGCCAAUUGCACCAACCUCCGAAUAUUGGAUUUAGGAUUCAACCGUUUGAAAGGUAAAAUCCCUGAGGGGAUUGGCAACCUAAUUGGUUUAACCUAUUUGCAACUAGACACAAACUAUCUUAGAGGUGAAAUCCCUUCUAGUAUUGUCAAAUUAGAAAAGUUGUCUAUUCUUGCUCUAGGUACAAUUCCUAUCACCUUAGGAAAUUGUUCUCAACUUCUAGAUCUUUACCUUGGUAAAAAUUACCUUAUUGGAGACCUUACCAAAACAGCUCUUGAGCUUAUCUUCAUUCAUAAUCCUUUCUUUGAGCGAGAAUUCUUUUAUAGGACAAUUGCCCUUAGAGGCGCUGCAUUUCAAGUUGCUGCAGGUCACAACAAUCUUGCUACAGAGAGAAAAACCCUACGAGAGAUUGUCAAGACUAAGAGCAAAGAGAGAGAUACAAAUUUUAGUUCAUUACUAGAAAAGCUGAUGAAGGAGCUAUGGGAAGAAUUAACAAAGGAACAUCUGAAACUGGGUGCGAAGAUUAAGCGCAUGGAGGAAGAUGUGAAAGCAGUCGAAGAAGAUAGAAGUGUUUUAAGAAAGCAGUCAAGGGAAAUAAGCCAGACGAAGGACGAAGCAAAGAAAUGCAUUCUUAAUUUCCAGAAGCAGCAAAAUGAUAUGAUAACAGAAAAGAUUAUGUUGUCGAGUUAAUUAUUAAUUGUUCAUUUAAUUUGUUCUGUUGAUGUAGCCACCAGAGCACAACCGUGAAUAUCCUAUCACCCUACUUACGUUCGUAUCUUUGACCAUAUAAUAGACAUUCUAUCCAACC